CCAAACAAUAGCGCCCGCGUUCCGCUCCCGGCAGGUUGAGCGGCGGUCUGGUGCUGCCCCGCUGGUGACGGGGGGCAACGGUUCCCGUGGCAACGCCGCUUCCGCCGCCGCCGAUGGCAGAACCGUUACGGCGCCUGGCGGAGGGCGCUCGCCGCCGCCGCCGCCCGCCGGGGGAUGAGCGGCGGGAGGCUCCCGGCUCUGGACGCUGCCGGACGCGCCACCGGCUGAAGGCGGCCGCGGCCCCAGCUCGCCCGGGGAGCGAGGGCCCGGCAGCGAACAUGACUUCAUCAGAUAAGGAGUUUCCAGAAGACAGCAGCUUUUCGCCAAAGGCCAGCACCAGCAAGCUGCCAACAGAUGCGUCUCCUGACUCGAAAUGCCCUAUCUGCUUGGAUAGAUUUGACAAUGUUGCAUAUCUAGAUCGCUGCUUGCAUAGAUUCUGUUUUCGCUGUGUCCAGGAGUGGUCAAAAAACAAAGCAGAAUGCCCUCUUUGCAAGCAACCUUUCUUUUCUAUUUUCCAUACAAUUCGUGCUGAAGAUGACUUUAAGGAAUAUGUACUCAGCCCUUCAGAAAACAGCUCUUUUGCCAGCCCUGAUGGCCAGAGAUUUCGUUACCGUACCACCUUAACAGGGGAACGCCGCACUGUCAGCUCCUCUUCCCGAAGGACGCUGUCCCCUCCAGACAACGGGAUAUUAUUUGAAGGGUUGUCCAGUGAGCCAGUGCGGCAGAGAGACGGAGAGAUUCAGCAGAUGAUAAGGAGGCUGGCCUCGAGGAGGCAGGCUAGCGCAGAGGGCAGAUCUCUUCGGCAGAUUCAGGAGGAGGACAUGAUCAACUUCCGCAGAGCUCUGUACCGUACUGGUGUGCGUAUUCGUAGUAUUCAGGAUGGUGGCCGCUAUCGAGACAUUUCAGCAGAGUUUUUCCGCCACAACCCUGCUUGCCUUCACAGGUUGGUUCCAUGGUUGAAGCGAGAACUUACAGUCCUGUUUGGUGCCCAUGGAUCUUUGGUUAAUAUUGUACAGCACAUUAUCAUGAGCAAUGUGACUAGGUAUGAUCUGGAAAGUCAGGCCUUUGCUGACGAUUUAAAGCCAUUUUUGCUGAAUCGGACUGAACACUUCUUACAUGAAUUCAUCAGUUUUGCUCGUUGUCCUUUUAACUUAGAAGCAUAUGAUCAACAUGCCAAUUAUGACUGUCCUGCACCAUCAUAUGAUGAAGGAAGCCACUCAGACUCGUCAAUUAUUACAAUAUCUCCAGAUGUGGCAUAUUCUCAAGGGCCAGAUAACAGUUUGUCUGUGACUGGUCUUGAUCAUGCGCCCUGGGAUGAUGAAACUCCAGGGCCUUCUUAUUCCAUUUCAGAAGAGGUUCGUACAACCAUAGCUUCUCCUCUGGAGACGUCUGAAAGUUCUGAUGAUGGCUCUGCUUCAAAGAGUCGAAGAACCAAACUGCAGACUCGCUUACAGGCUAAUGUUGACUCAAACGACAGUGACUCUUCCUCAGACAAUUGUGUUAUUGUUGGGUAUGUUAAGCCAUUAGCUGAGAGGACACCAGAAGUGGUCGAGCUGUCCUCGGACUCUGAGGAGUCCAUCAGGGAAGAGAAAAGGGAAACUGUGAAGAAACAGCAGCCAAUCCAGUGCCGCAGCUGGAGUGAUAGUGAACCAAGCAGGAGUUUCUCACCACAUUCCCCCACAUAUAAGGAGGGUGUAGGUAGUUGUAGAAGCUGCUUAUCUCCUGCAAUUGAGAAGACAGAAUCAAAAGAUGGUAACAAGAACAAAUAUAAAGUAAAAGGUCUGUCUCAUCGUGACUUGAGCUGGAGCCCCUCUCCAGGGAGUGACACAGUAUGCUCACCUUGGAAUCACAGAUUAUCUAGAAAAGGAAAGUCCCGGAGCCCACAGUCCUGUUCACGGUACAGUCGAAGCAGUCAUGGCCAUCGGUCUAGGAGGGAGCAUCGUAGCAAACACCAACUUAAAAGGAGACAAUCGAGAAGCAGAGACAGUAGCAAACAUAGGAGCAAAAGAAGCAGCAGGAAGUCGAGGGCUCAUGACACCAGAGUCUCUCUAAAAAGCCAGAGGGGCUCUCUAAGUCAUGAGAGCACUCCAUCCAGAGAAGUAAGCAGAUCACGAUCACGUAGCGAAGGCCACGGCAAAAGGAGAUCAAGAAGUAGAGACAGCGAUCGUUAUUAUGUAAGAGACAAUUAUCAAAGCAAAUACCAGUGGGGUUAUGCUUUCUGUAGUCGAAAGGUGUUUGGAGAUGGCUAUGAGUCCUCCAGCAGGAGGAGGACUCAGUCUAAUGCUCUUUAUUCAAGGCAGUCUGCUAGUCCAGAAUACAGGAUACGAUCAUUUGUUGAAAGGACAGAUCCGCAUAGCCAGAAGGGACUCCAUGAGAGACAGUAUUACUGUUAUGAAAGAUGCAGGUCAAGGAGUCGAUCAAGCAACAGGUCAAGGACCCCUUCUGGAGGAACUGACAGGAUGAAAAGUGAAAAGCCUGGUGGAAAAAGGAAGUACAAAACUCGCCACUUGGAGAGUGCAUUCAAGGAGACCACAAGUCUAGAAAGAGAAAAUGACCCCAAGAAAACAUCCUCAAAAUUCAGUGACUGCUACAAAAGUGAAGAUAGCCUUUCAGACAAUCGAGCAAGCAGUGAGACAAAGCGUAAGAAAAAGAAAAAAAAGAUGAGGAGUCCAAGUGUGGAGAUAGUCUAUGAAGGAAAAGCAACAGACACAACAAGGCAUCUUAAAAAGAAAAAGAAAAAGCAUAAGAAGAAACACCGGAAACACCAUACGAGUAACUCAGCACAUUCUUCUCCAGUGGUGAUUACAAUUGAUAGUGAUAGUAGCAAGGAGCCAGAAAGUACCGAAUGUGACAGCAGUAUUACUUGGAUGGACAGAACUCAGAUAAAUGAGAGGGAAAACGAGUCUCCAUCUUCUUUCCUGGGAAGGACAGGAUGUGAAGAUGUUUACAAAGUUGGUGAGGAAACUGGAGGAGCAGCCAAAAAGUACAGUGUUCCUACCAGAAAGGGAGACUUAGAUGGUGACAUGAGAAAUGCUGAUGUCAAACUUCGAGACAGCAGUAUUACUUGGAUGGGCAGAACUCAGAUAAAUGAGAGGGAAAACGAGUCUCCAUCUUCUUUCCUGGGAAGGACAGGAUGUGAAGAUGUUUACAAAGUUGGUGAGGAAACUGGAGGAGCAGCCAAAAAGUACAGUGUUCCUACCAGAAAGGGAGACUUAGAUGGUGACAUGAGAAAUGCUGAUGUCAAACUUCGAGACAGCAGUAUUACUUGGAUGGGCAGAACUCAGAUAAAUGAGAGGGAAAACGAGUCUCCAUCUUCUUUCCUGGGAAGGACAGGAUGUGAAGAUGUUUACAAAGUUGGUGAGGAAACUGGAGGAGCAGCCAAAAAGUACAGUGUUCCUACCAGAAAGGGAGACUUAGAUGGUGACAUGAGAAAUGCUGAUGUCAAACUUCGAGAAACAGCAGCUGAUCGGAGUCUUAGCAUAGUGGAUACCAGCAGUAACACCCCUCACACAGAAACCGUAACCAGCUACAUUCAAGAAGCACCAGCAGCGCCUUCCAGUCAACUGCCUUCCCCCAGGAUUUCCUUCCUAGAGUGUCCAGAGAGACAACCAUUGAUGCUAAGACUGCCAAAGGGACUUGUCAACAGAUCCUCUUGGUUCGACUUCCCAGAAGAAGAAAUGUAGCACACUUUCCAGGGAACACUUCUUAAAAUCGUGAAUUUGUUUUAACUGCUUUUUUUCCCCUUGAGAAUAAAAACACCUGAUGUGAUCUGUGUAUGUCAAAAGAUGUCUGGGACAUGUGUAAAAUCUUUGAAUGUGUAUGCACUUUUACAUCAAAGAAGAUAGAAGAUUGCUAGUAUAUAACUUUCCAAGUUUCUCAGAAGAGAGUUUGGAAGUUGUAAUUUCAUAAAGCCAUCCUGUAUUCUUGUAGUAAGUAAAAUAUAUCCACAGAGUAUUUCAAAGUUUUGCUUAAAACAACAAAAAAGGAGCCCAACCCAAAAGCCAGAAAAUGCCUUUUGUGAGGAUUGCUCUUCUUUGACAAAGGAAAAAUUGCUUAGUUCGUAAGAAAUUAUUCAGGUUGAGUUCUACUAUCAUUUUAAUCUACUUGGUUUAAGCUGAUCUCUGCUGAAAAGUAGUCAGCGAUUUCAAUAUAUAUCUUCAACAGGACUUCUAGGAACAAAGAAGUGAGCUAUGUCAAAUACUGAAUAAAGCAAUAAGACUUUUUUUUUUUAAUUUAUUUAAAUGUGUGAACUGUAUACUUUGCAAAGAGAACACUUAUCUUUUGGGUUUGGGUGUCUUACCAGUGCAGACCAUUGGAUGUUCGUGCAGUCAGGAGUACUCCAGAUUGGAAAGGACCUCUGGAGGUCAUCAGGUCCCAGCCUUCACUGAAAGCAGCAACAACUUUGAUCAGAUUGCUUGGGUUUUGUUCAGUUUUGAAUUAUUUCCAAAGCUGGAUGGCUUCUCUGUGCUAUGUCUUCCUCUAAUGUUUGAAUAUUCCCAUGGGAAACAUU